UUUCCAGUAAGAUUGGGAAGAUUCGAUUUGAGCAGAAUAUUGGAACAGGAGGAUGGGCUGUGCACCUAGCGGGCCAUCGUACGCGAAGGGCGGCACUCGAUUAAUGGCCACGAAGCUGACUUUCACCAAGGGUCAGCUGCAUAACCUGAACGCAUAUUUCCGUAGGCUGCUCGACGAUGCUCCGAACGAUCCCUCGAGCGCCUUCGCGAUGGAAGCUAUCGUGGAGAGAUUGGUUCAACGUUUGAUGCUGGCCGCUGGCAAUCUGGAUCGAAGAUUCUCAUCGGUGUUCCUCGUUUCCUUGAACGAGCCUCGACGGAUAAAGCGACUCAGGUUCGAGUACUUGCUGCGAAUAGAUGCCCUGUCUGAGCCUGCCGCAAGUUCCGAGUUGGAGGUCUCGAGGGUAACCGUGGAGGAGGAUGCGGCUCUGUCAGGCUUUAUUCGGUUAAAGAUACUCGCCGCUGGGGCAGAGCACUGGCGAGAGUACGUGGAUGCUGCAGGGAGAUUGAGGAGGGAUCUGGUGAAAGCCAAAUUAGCAAAUUUGUUGGCCACGGCCAUUAAACGAGAUGCCGUAGGUUCAACCGAUGACGAGAUUUGCGUCACCCCUGGUCAAAUUGUGGAUGCCGAGGUCCUCGACAAAAUAUUGCAGCAACCAGACCACUGUCGCAUAUUCUACGGUCCAGCCACUUCGAGUGGGCCAUUGCCAGAACCUAGGGAUCAUCGCGUGGCUCUGAUAGAAGACGCCGGUGGAAUACUGCUCAGAAUUGGAUUAGACGGAUUCAAGGCUCGCGAGGCAGAGGUCAGGCUAUUAAUCGGCAUCGGUGUGUCGUCUUGGCCCAGCAUGACGGAUUAUCCCAGAAGAGUGCCUCUUCAUCACUGCGACGCUCUUCUUCACUACACAGCGGCCCAAAGCGCCAUGUAUGCAGUGGCCGUUGGACCAUAUACCGGUGCACGCUGCGAGGAUCGGGCAACUCUCUGGGGUGUACGUGUUCCAGCGGCUGAGAAAAUUAUGAGUCAACACUAUGCCGCCGACAGUGUACCCGCCCUGACUGAAUCUGUGCUCAUAGAAAUCUUGCACCAGCUGCGCGAGGGUCGAGCCUUCGGUACAUCGACCACGUCGAAGGCAGCACGGAAAGCCAGUUUCCACUUACAGGAUCGUCCACGAGUGGUUUCCAGACACAUUUUGCGAACCGUGCACCGGUGGUCCUUGGAACGUGCAGGAGCGGACCCUUUGACGAGCUGGUCGCCCGACACCCUCUCGCGUCAUGUUCUCUUGGCCUUGGACGAGCUAGUCACCGCGCUGAAAUGCCAGAACCUGAGGUGUUACUUUCAUCCGCGGUGCAACGUGAUGCUACAUUGCGCGAGAGGUGGAAUAGCGCAUUACGAGGGUUCUUACGUUGCUGAUGCACUUCUGUUGGAAUCUUACCUGGAGACUCUCCAUCAUCGUUCCAUUACUAUGACGCAAGGUGUACCCAGGCCCGUGGACGUUAUGGAGAGCGAGCUCAUUGUCAGAUGGCGUGACGUUUUGGCCUCUUUGCCCAGAGGGAGGACGGACGUUGAUUAUGGAUACAGCUGGAGACAACUGGAAUAUUUUAGCUUGAUCCUGGAGCAAGUGCUGCGAGCGAAAGAUGCCUCGUUACAGGAUUGGUGGCACGCAGACAGCUCGUACCUGAAUUUUCCAGAAUUGUCGCACGACACGACCGAACGUGUGGAAAACCUCGUGUUCCUGUUGAAAUUAGUUUUAACGCAGGCUAGAGAUGAAAUCCGCGCGAUGUCGGAUCGCAGGUCGCGUGUGCGCGAUCAUUGCAAGGUAUUGAGAAAGGGAAAGCAUCGCUACACCGCUACUCAGUUCGAUUACUCGGUGGGUCUGUUGAUCGACGCAGUCAGAAUGGACAGGGAAACCGCCAAUACGGAUCUGGAGGCUUAUCCAAUUAUGGCGAAAAUGGUACUACAAUGGCUCCAUUUCGGCAUGGAGUACGACAGAAAGUACCUAGAGCCAGUCCUGCGCCCGUACCUGAACAAUCUCUUCAACAGCCUCCACGAGAACGGUUGGUGCACGACGGCUUGGAAGAGCAGACGAGAGAUGUACAAAUCCGAGAUGCAGUCGUUGUCUGCGUUCUGUAAAUCCGUGAUAGCUGAGCAAAUAUCGCCCGCUUCCGGCAUCGUGGACUACUUGUCCAAAGGUUGGCGUUGGGCGGAGAGCGUGACAAAGAUGAUCGAACGCUCUGGGAAUUCUUUGAGACUGAUCCUCCUCUUCAGGGGCCAAGUGUUCAGAUAUAAUUUGACGUUCGCCGAGAACAAGGGACCUGGUGCGUUCUCUGUGUGGAGCAAGGCCAGGAGCGUCAGCACGAUCGCUAGGAGAAGAAGAAUGAAUUCGAGGGUCGGUGAGAUAAUCGAAUACCUGACGGAGCCGCACGAACCGUCGGCGCCGGAAGAAAACGCUACUGGGGUUGCAGGACACACUGAGCUGAGGGAUACCAGCCCUCUGACGUAUGUCGCGUCGAUGUGCAGGUCACGGGCUCGACAACGUGGACCUGGUGAUCUGAUACCGGCCAUGAUCUCCCUGGGCAAGUUCAGGAUUUUGCAAGAAGUGGCAGCCACGUUGCCCCGUGACGAGCAGGUGGCCAUGUUGGAUAUGGUGCAGAGAGUCUCCAGGGAAUCGUCUCGUCGUUCCAGGAAGGCCGGCAGCCUGGACGCGAGUUCACCCAGACAAAUCUACAGACCGAGACCGGAAUCGGAUCUUCUGGAUUCAUCGCCGCGAUUAUCGUCAGGCGGCAGCGAACGGAGCAUCGUCGCCGAGCAUCAGAGACAGCUCGAGAGGGAGAUGCACGACACUUUGAGACGCAAUGCGCUGACUAGACAGCGUCCAUCCAUUUGGGAUACGUACUCGGUGUCCUCGUGGAGCUCCUCGAUCGAUUCCAUCGCCGGGACGAUAGCGCUCAGGAAAUAUCGCGCGCCAAUAUGGGACGCCAUUAAAGGAAGCCCGCCGUCGCGAGUCAGCCAUCCGGGGGAUGGUAAUAUCGCGGGAAAUAAAUUCGACGAGAUGAUCAGCCGCGAGGAGUCGCCGACCUGGAGCACGCUGGACUCGCGACGAAACCUGGACGAUCCAGGAACGAAGAAUGGGGACGAAUUGCCAUCUUGGGAUGCGCUCGAGGCGACGCUGAAUAGGAGGCUGUGUAAUUACGGGAACGCCCUGUCGGAAUCCUUGGAGAUAGGCGAUAGCGUUGGGAGAGGCUGCGAGGAGAGACCGCGAGAAUGAUCGUUCCCUUGAAUGGUAGCGGCUUCGUGGAAAGUAGAUUCUUUUAUCUCCAGCCGAGCCCGUCGCGAAAAUCGCCUGGGAAAAUGUCUUGAGUAUUUCAGUGCCCUCGCGGAUCCGCUCGAUAUUGUUUCAUUGGAUGCAUUUCGGCUGAGCUGGGAUGAAAUGGUUUCUGGGGGUGAAAUAUUAGGCUCGGGGGGAAAUAACGUUUUUACGUUAGUUGUAUUUAACACUUGGCACCACGAAAUUUGUCUUCAUUGUAUUUCUAAUAAUUCUGUUAUUUUAUGCGUUUUAUUGGGA